AUGGAACAACAACAAGUAGAAGAGGCACAUGUGGUUGUUGAAAUGAUCUCGGACUUUUCAUGUCGACAAGGAACAUGGAAGGGGCAAGCAUGGAUUCAAACUGAAUUAUGGAAGAAAUUUAUGAACAGGAUGAGACAAAAACCGUUCAACCUAUCUUUUAGGCUCCAAUACGAGCUAAAAUCUCCUUUUGAAAAUGUGAACUUUCCAAUUAUAACUGCAAGAAAUGUCAAAAUAUCUUACAAUCAAUCUUGUAUUUUACUAUUGGACUCUUCCAAUUAUCGAAUUUUAGUGUUCAAUUUAUACACAAAACAAUUCAAAAAGACCAUUCAUAUUACUCAACAAAAAUUUCCCGUUGAUUUUUGUGUGGAAGAAAAUUUUGAUCAACACGUAAAUGAUGCAAUACUCGUCGCCUGUGAAUGUAUGAUGGUCUUUAAAUUUAGCUUAACAGAGGCACUACAAAGCCCUUUUGAUUAUAAAUGUAAAUGGAGGACUGAAGAGGAUGAGUUUGAUACAAGUAAUGUCUUUGAGGGAAUCGCAAUUUUACAAACGAUACGUCAAGUAUAUGUGUGUGACUCUCGGCACGACGUUAUACACGUUUUAGAAUUGGAAACAGGAAAGAAACUAUUUGAGAUUCAACUUUGUGAGAAUCCACAUGCAAUUUGUAUAAGCAAUGAUGAACAGUACAUGUUCAUUAGUGAAAUUAGCAAUUUUUCUCAAUACAUACACAAGUUUGAGAGAAUGAACGAUGGAAACGAGCUGAUCUGGAAAAAAAUUGCUAAUUUUGGCCAAAAAGGUUCAGAACCUGGAGAAUUCCUUAAUCCUUAUUUCAUUGUCUUGGACCCGACCAUGCAACAGUGGCUUCUUGUUAGUGAUUACUACAACAAUCGUCUUCAAAUCUUGAAUGCAACUGACGGGCAGGUUGUUAAAGUAUAUGGCUCCAAGGAAUCCAAAGAAUUGUAUCACCCUCUUGAGACGUGCUUUGAUCGACUCACAGGUGAAUUGAUAGUUUGUGAGAAUAAUCGAGUUUUGAUUUUCAAAUAA